CAUCUUUUCCGUCAACAGUUGAAUGAACGGCGCAGAGAGACUGAUAGGCUACGAAAUACUAUUAUAGUUCAACGUUAUUAAUUUGAUGUAUUUUAUGGUGUUAUCUGUGUUGGUGUAUUUAUCAACAUGUCAUUGUUUAGUGGAAAAUGAUAACUGUGGAUUUUUGAAGUGGCUUGACACCACAUCUGUGUCAGUGGAGAUCAUCAAAAAAGGUUUUCACAGGGACCUGGUAAUGACUGUCCAGCUCCAGCCUGAUGGGCUAACAGAUGUCAAAGUUUUGUUGAUUCAUAACUGGCCCAGAGGUGUCUACAUUGAUCCAUAUCAACUUGCAUCUUUGAGUGAUCAACAUAAUUGGCAGAUACUACUAGAUUCAACCAUUGACCUUGAGGCACCAGCUCACAAAUCUUCAGGAUUUGUCACCUACUUGUAUCCCAUCAUGGAUGGACCAACUUCUGUAUGGCAAAACAUUUCUAUUCCAAUACAUGGUCGCUACCAGAAACCUUCCUUUAGUGGGACAGGAUUUACAUCUGUCGGUAUAGAACUUCCACAGCUAUUGCUUCGUAAUGAAAAAUGUACUCAGCUCAACAAGUUAGAGCCUCAUACUGUUGUGGAUGCCCCCUGCACUGCUGACAACUCAACCACAUGUGCCUGGGUUAAAAUUCAGAAUCAGAAGGGACAUGGCCGUGUGAAUUUACAGUUUCCUGUUGGGGACGAGUCUUUUGCGAUGCCUGUCUGUGGUGGAACUCUUCUUGUCACGCUGAUCUGCUGUGUGGCUCUGUCUACAUAUGCAUGGAAACAUCAAAUCACCAAUGGUCACCAUACAUGAAUCAGUGGAAGCCAUGCUCCAA